AUGUACCAGAUGGCCUUUGAGCAGCUCCUGCAAUCGGGCCAACUUGACCUGGUAUCUGAGGACGACAUGGCCAUCGAAAGAGACAUCGACAGCGACAACGACAGCAACAGCAACAGCGCCUCCGCCUUUGCACCGUGGUCGUACGAACCCGCGUGCACGGCGAGGCUCGACGCCAUCGGCAGCGAGCUGUGCGUAUACACGAACCGCACAUUCAGCGGGGGCCGAGGCAUCUCGCUGUUCACGACGCCGCAGAUGGCCGAGCGGAUUGCAGGGCUGAUUGCGCGGGUGGGAGAGCAAGAGCGAGAACGAGAACGAGAGCGACAUCAACAUCAACAUCAACACCAACACCAACACCAAGACACUGACGUCUGGUACACGCGCCCCGUAUCCGGCAAGGGCAUGGGCAUGUUUGCGAAGAAGGAGCUGCGCCGCGGCGACCUGAUCACGGCCUACACGCCCGUGCUGCUGGCGUACGCCGAGACGCUGUUGUCGCGGCUCGAGCGCGAGAAGUUCCUACAGCUCGCGCUCGACCAGCUGCCAGGCCCGACGCGCGACGCAUAUCUCAGCCUGGCCACACUGGUCGGCGACCCGAGCAUCGUGGCCCAAGACAUUGCCGCCGCCAACACGUUCGGGUGGUCUUUUGGGUCGGCUGGGAGUGGGAGUGGGAGUGGGAGUGGGACUGGAUCUGGCGACGACGACGGUGACGGCGAUGGCUCGAUCUCUCGACCAGAGGCAGGGGCAGAGGCAGAAGAAGACAGCAACGUCAAGAUCACCCAUCUCGCCGUCAUCCCCGAACCAUCACGCAUCAACCACGCCUGCACGCCCAACGCGCAGUUCAUAACGGACCCAAACCAACUCAUGCACCGCGUCUAUGCCGUGCGCUCGAUCCCGCGCGACCACGAGAUUUCCAUCGCCUACACCAGCCCGUUGGACCGGUACGCCCGCCGCCGCCAGUAUCUGCGCGACUCGUUCGGCUUCAGCUGCACGUGUUCGCGCUGUCGACGCGGUGAGUUCGACGACGCUGGCUUGGAUGAGAUAUACGCUCUUCAAGCCCGUCUGGCUGAUUGGACGACCACAACUUCAACGGCAGCAUUGACCGAGACCGCAAAUUCAGCGUUGACCCCAACUUCAACCGAGACCGAGACCGCAACCGAGACCACAAAUUCAGCGUUGACCCCAAAUUCAGCGUUGACCGCCCCCGACGCCAUCAAGCUCGCCGAACGCCUGCUCAAGCUCUACACCGACCAAGGCCUACACGCCUUCCUCGACCAGCCCUACUGCCAUGCCGCCCUGGCCUACAGUGCCGCCGGCAGUGUGCGCGGAGCCCGAAAGUAUCUCGAUCUCGCUGUCGAGGCUAUCACUCUCCGCUUGGGCCCGCGCGCCCCCCAUCUCGCGGCGUGGAUGGAGAUGAGGAAGGAUCCGACCUCCCAUUGGAGUUGGGGGCGGAGGAAACGGACAUGA